AAAAUGCAGUCUGAAAGCUGAAAAACAUGCUCUGGGCAGUCUGUGUAUGUGUUAGGCAGGCCUCUAACUGUUCUCUUCUCUCUGUUUUUGUUCCCUUCGAUGCUGAUAACCUCCUCCAUGAUCUUCUCCAUGAUCUUCGGUACUGUCCUCCAUUUUCGGCACUGUUCCUCCAUGAUCUGGUAAUGGGAUUGCAGAGGCUUCUCCAAAGAACAGGACAUCCAGGGAGAAAAUGGAAUUGUGGGGUUCUUAUGGAAUUGAGGGAUGUGGACGGAAAAGGCAAGAAAGGAAUGACUGGAUGGAGGGUGGGGAAAUGGGAUUGUCUUCUUAUCUUUGAGGAGAGGUUGAAGAUGGUCGAUGGUUUUGAGAAUGUGAGGACUGAUGACGAUACUCCCACUGCUGCUGCUGUUCCUGCCAAUGCAUGAGUCUACUCCUCUGUGGACCCUUUCACUUCGCAAUUUCUUAACAUUUUUUCUUUUCUUUUUUUUUUUCUUUUUUCUUUUUUUAGAUUCUGAUUUUCUUAAUUUUUACAGAGCCAAAUUUAUUCAUGCUAGAAAUUUUGUUUAAUUUUGGCCGUAAGAAAGAGUUUUAAGUUUU